UCUCAGACCGCCACUGGCUUGUUUGGCGCAUGCGUAGUCAUUUUUUUCUUUCUUCCCGACGUGCACUGCGUGGUAGCUGACGUCAGCCGCACUCUGCCCAGUCUUCGCCGCCAUUGGUGAGUGUGAAGCCUGUUCCCACCAGGGCCAAAACCAAAGACGGGGCCCCCACAGCCUGAGCAGAACUGAGACACUACACUACGGCCUGUACCGCCGUGACUUACCGGGCUCGCGCCUGCCUCUCCCACUCGUAGGCCUACACCUGUUCCUGGGCCUCGGCCUACAGUGAGGCCCCGGCCUGCCCAGACCCGUGCGUCUCCCGCACCCGCUCUUCAUGAAGGAUGUCUGCCACUAGUGUGGAUCCACAGCGACCAAAGGGACAAGACAGUAAAGUUUUUCCACUAGGGCGCUCAAACAAUGAUCUUAUUUCAGUUCAAAACGGAUCCCUGCACCAGAAGGACAGCGUGCACGAUAAUGACUUCGAGCAGUACCUGUCGGGACAGUCUAAUCAGAGUAACAGCUACCCUUCCAUGUCAGACCCUUAUAUGUCCAGUUACUACCCUCCUUCUAUUGGCUUUCCGUAUUCCCUCAGCGAGGCUCCUUGGUCAACUGGUGGGGACCCCCCCAUUCCUUACCUCACCCCGUAUGGACAGCUCAGCAACGGAGAUCACCAUUUCAUGCAUGAUGCAGUCUUUGGGCAGCCUGGAGGCCUGGGGAAUAACAUUUAUCAGCACCGCUUCAACUUCUUCCCAGAAAACCCAGCCUUUUCUGCUUGGGGGACAAGUGGCUCCCAGGGCCAGCAGACCCAGAACUCUGCCUAUGGGGGCAGUUACAGUUAUCCACCAAGUUCCUUAGGUGGUACUAUAGUUGAUGGACAGACCGGAUUUCACAAUGAAACUCUGAAUAAAGCCCCAGGUAUGAACAGCAUUGAGCAGGGCAUGGUGGGCCUAAAGAUUGGAAGUAAUGUCACCGCUUCUGCUGUAAAGCCGAUGGGAUCUGUGGUUAACAGUGUAGGGAUGCCAAGCGCACUGUCUGGUAAUGGCGGCAACAGCAUAAGCAUGCCUCCCUCCAAACCAACAUCAUGGGCAGCCAUAGCCAGUAAACCUGCCAAGCCGCAGCCCAAAGCAAAAACUAAACCUGUCACCAUAAUUGGAGGGGCCCUACCACCUCCCCCGAUCAAGCAUAACAUGGACAUUGGUACUUGGGACAAUAAAGGGCCUGUGGCUAAGCCCCCUGUUCCACAACAGAUCCCGUCCCCUCAGUCCAUGCCUCAGCCUCAACUUCAGCAACAGCUGCUGCAGCCGAUCCCCGCUCAGCCUCCACCGAUGUCUCAGCCUCCAUAUCAAAAUCCACCGCCCCCUCAGCAGCCACAGGUCCCUCAGAAUCGUUGGGUUGCCCCAAGGAAUAGGAACGCUGCUUACGGUCAGGGUGGAGGCCCAGACGGGAACCCUUUGGGAGGAGUCCAGCCUCAUGCUGCCCCUGGAAACGAAUCUCACCCUGUGCUAGAGAAACUGAAGGCCGUCCACAGCUACAACCCCAAGGACUUUGACUGGAACCUGAAAAAUGGACGUGUGUUUAUAAUAAAGAGCUAUUCUGAGGAUGAUAUCCACCGUUCCAUCAAAUACUCCAUUUGGUGCAGCACAGAGCAUGGGAAUAAACGUCUGGAUAGCGCUAUCCGCUCCAUGAAUGGAAAAGGCCCGGUCUACCUUCUGUUCAGCGUCAACGGCAGUGGACACUUCUGCGGCGUAGCCGAGAUGAAGUCCCCCGUGGACUAUGGCACCAGUGCAGGUGUCUGGUCACAGGACAAAUGGAAGGGCAAGUUUGACGUCAAGUGGCUCUUUGUCAAAGACGUUCCCAACAACCAGCUGAGGCACAUCCGUCUGGAGAACAACGACAACAAACCGGUCACAAACUCCCGAGACACGCAGGAGGUGCCCUUAGAAAAAGCAAAACUGGUGCUUAAAAUCAUUGCCACUUACAAGCACACGACCUCCAUCUUUGAUGACUUUUCUCAUUACGAGAAGCGGCAGGAAGAGGAAGAGGUUGUGCGCAAGGUAACGGCUAAACCUGACUCAUGCUAAACGUAAAUGCUUCCCUCCUGUCUGGCUGCUCAGCACCUAAAUCUGGGAGCCAGGGGAGGAAGUCAUGGUUAAAUAAAGGAGAAGUUCACAUUUGAACAAACUUGUUCUAUGAUGUAGACAUUGAUAUUCUAAGACGAUUUGCCAUUCUGUCCUGGUUUUUUUUGGCUAAUUUUCUGUCCGCUUAUAUCUGGUUGCCCUUUCUUAUUCAUCUCCCUUCCUGUUCUCUAUACCACUGCCUGGUUGCAAGGGCAAAGUGUUAACCCUAGCAACCAAAUACAUUUAUAUUGCUAACUGCAGAUUAAAAAUUUGAAUCAAAGAUCAUUGUAAGUUGCCUUAGAAUACCACUCUCUACAGCGGCUGCAAGUUAAUUUCAAGGUGAACUUUACCAACAUGAAAUCACUAUGUGUGUAUGUAAUAACUCAAUAUUCAUGCAGUUUGGGAUGCCAGCUUUCUAAUACCCCCCCCCCCCCACACACUCCAAAUAAUUACAGGAUGGCAUGUGGCAACAGUGUUCCAGUAGCAUCUAGUUUAGCCAAUGUGGCAUUCGCCCUGUUUAUCACAAGGUGCAAUUGUAUCAGAUUCUAUUACACCCUAGACUGUAAAUUACUAUACAGGGGAAUAGGAAGCUGUGAAAUCUGUGCGUAUCAUAAGAGGUCCUGCAGCCUAACUGGGGAGCCUCUGGCUGGGUGCUGUCAUCAAGAGAUAUUCUGGUUAUUGGUUAAGUGCAUAAGGAAGGCCUCUACGGAAGGGAUCACAAUUAAAACUUAAACACUUGUCAUCUGCUGGGGGGGUCGACACACAGCUUCCUGUUAGGUACUUAAUCAUAAAAGGAAACGUUCAUUGUAAAAAAUAAAAACUGGGUAAAUAGAUAGUAAUGUGCAAAAUAAAAAAUGUUUCUAAUAUAGUUAGCCAAAAAUGUAAUGUGUAAAAGCUGUAGUGACUGGAUAUCUAACAUAAUAACCAGAACACUACUUCCUGCUUUUCAGCUCUCUAACUCUGAGUUAGUCAGCGACUUUAAGGGCGGCCACAUGGGACAUAACUGUUUAGUCAGUUUGCAAUUGAUCCUUGGCAUGCAGCUCAGAUUCAAAAGCAACAGUUAUGACCCAUGUGGCUUCUCUCAAGUCUCUCAUUGGUUACUGCCUGGUAACCAAUAAGUGGAAACCAAGUGUUCUGGCUAUUCUGUUGGACAUCAAGUCAAUCUAACCUUUAUAGAUGGCAUUAUUUGCUAACUAACUAUAUUAGAAACAUUGGGCUAUCUAUUUACCCAGAUGCCAGCGUCUGCUGCUUGAACUACAGUUCCAAGUGUGUUAGCACAGGCAUGCAGUUAGUUGUAGUUCAUCAGCAAGACCGCUGCCACAACUUGCCUAUGUGUUAUGUUUGAGGAGAUCUAGUUUGCCUUCUAAAGUGGUCUGGUGGCUCCCAUUUCUUCCUGCACUUAGAGUGAAACAAAAGCUGGCUUUCCUGUUCACUGUUGCGCCACCUAGUGAAUCUGGUAAAUGUAAAUUAGCUCCCUUUAGGGCCGCAGCGCUGGCAGGAGGGGUUAGUAAAGCAACUGAUUGGAUUAUUUAAAUGUCUAUGCUGAUUUUUGUCCAAAAUAUUCUGUGGAUUUAUGUGCCCGGGGGCGAUGCCAUGAGCAUACGCCUGGCUAAACUGUAACUGAGAAGCUGGCAAACUGUAGCAAAUGUUUGAGAUUGAAUACAUUUUAUUAAGGCGCCUGAAA